AUGAACAGGCAAGGAGACUAUGGCGCUGGAGCUGGGGCCGGCGGCGGCGGCUACGCUUACGGCGAAAAGUCCAGCGCUGCUGCCAAGAGCAAUCGCAAGUGGUGGUGGAUUGGCGGAGGAGUGAUCCUCCUCAUUGCCGUCAUUGCCGUCAUUGCCGGUGUCGUCGUCAGCCGCAACAACUCAAAGUCGGGCGGCAACGGCGGUCUCGCCGGUGUCGUCAAUGGCGACAAAAACGACCCCAGCAAGUUUACCAAGGAUCCGCGAUUCCACCAGUCGUUUUGGGGCAUGUGCUACACCCCGCUCGACUCUCAAUAUCCCGCGUGCGGCGACACGCUCGACUCGGUCAUCGAAGACAUUCAAAUCUUUUCUCAGCUGACCAAACGCUUGAGAUUAUAUGGCAGCGACUGCAACAUUGCGGAAUACGUGCUGCACGCCAUCAACGUCACCAAGGUCGACAUGACGGUCUGGCUGACCGCUUGGCUGCCUCAGCCUGCCGAUGACCCGGAUGGCAGCACUUAUCAGCGACAAGUCAAGAAUGUGCAAGACGCCAUCCGAAAGUGGGGCGUGGAUCACAUCGAAGGCGUCGCGGUCGGCAACGAGUACCUGCUGAAUGGCGGAUCCGAAGCUUCUCUGAUCCAGCACAUGGCCGACAUGCGGACGGCGCUAGCGGGCAUGAAUCUGUCCAAGACUGUACCCGUCGGCACCGGUGAUGCGGGCAGCAAGAUCACAGAGACGCUUGCUGCAGGCUCCGACUUUAUCCAAGCCAACAACCACCCAUGGUUCGGAGGUGUGCCCGUCGAACAAUCCGGAGGCUGGGUGUGGGACUACACGGCCAAUAACGAGCCCGCAACUGCCAAGCAAGCGCCCAACAAUCCCAAACUGUACGUUGCCGAAGUUGGCUGGCCCAGCGGUGCGAAUGAGACGAGGUUCAUGACGGAAGGAGCCGGUGGGGUGGCUGUGGCUGGCGUGCCCAACGUUCAGAUCCUGCUCGACACGUACGUCUGUCAGGCCAACACCAACCUGACCAAUUCGGACGCCACAUUUGAUGGAUACAUGUGGUUCGAGGGUCUUGCUGAGCCUUGGAAGGACGCUCUGUACGGCGGCGUAGAGGCUUACUGGGGACUGUUCGACAAGAACAAGAAGCUGUUGGAUGGCCUCACCAUUCCGGACUGCACCAGUCCUUAA